AAGCUACUCCAUAUCUUUGCAUUAUACCUAGGUGGUAAUCAAAUUGGUAUAUGUCGAGAUUCACUUCGAAAUACCAUCUCUUCACCAACCGCCACCACUAUACCAAUCCGCCAUGAAGACCACUCUGUCAUGGCUCCUCUACGCCACUGCGGUAUCAGCCGCGUCGCAUAACCAUCACAUACACACCAACAGAGACGCAGCCAUCGAUACCUCUACCAUACAAGGCAAAUGGCUCUUCGGUUACCAAGGCUGGUUCCGCAAACCCGGCGCUGGUGUUAACAACCACUGGUCCGUCGAUGGCAAUACGCCGGGACCCAAUAACAUUGAGAUUGACUUCAUCCCCGACGUCAGCCAAUACCCAGCCAACUGUCUCUUCAACACUCAGCUCACACUACCAAAUGGCCAACCAGCCCCAUUCUAUGACAGCUCUUGCGAGGGUGUCGUCGACCUGCACUUUAAGUGGAUGCAGCAGUACGGCAUUGACGGCGUGAUUGUACAAAGAUUUAUACAGUCCGUCAGCGACCAGUCCUUUAUCACAGUCCUCAACCAAGUCCAAGCAGCGGCUGAAAAGUAUGGCCUCGGCUUCAUCGUCGAAUACGACGUCUCUGGCGCCGACUCGUCUCAAGGCAGCGUCGCCACGGCAGUCCUAAACGACUACAACGCCAACAUCAAGAAAUACACCACAUCUUCAGCCUACAUCCACCAAAACGGCAAGCCAGUCACCAUGGUCUUUGGAAUCGGCUUCUCUGGAUUCAAAGUCACUGCUGCCGACAGUGUCAACAUUGCCUCUCAGCUCCAGGCUGCCGGCUUGUACGUCGGCUUCGGCGUGCCUGAGCAGUGGUCCGGCGACGUCACCGGCAACACAGGCUUCUUCCAGGCUUAUAAGAAAGCAGACUUCAUCAGCCCUUGGACCGUUGGAGGCUAUAGCGAUGCCGGCUAUGCAGGAUUCCACACCUCUGUCCAGGUCCCGGACGCACAGUUGUUGAAGUCUCUCGGCAAGCAGUACGCCCCAGUUGUUUUCCCCGGCACCUCUGCCUACCAUCUCAACGGCGGGACCAACCCAUCAGCAUUCGACUACUUCCCACGAUACAACGGCUCUUUCUACUCUGCACAAGCUGAUGCUUUGACCACCAUGGCCAACAAGCCUCUAUUCAUCUUCAGUGCCAUGUUCGACGAAGUCAACGAAGGUACUCAAAUCAUGCCGUCUCUCAAGACCAACCAGCUGCCCACCAACCAGAAGUUUGUGGGCUACGACAAUGAUUUCGCCGACACAAGCUUCUACCUGGAGCUAGCUGGAAAGAAGGCUGCUGCCUUCCACGCUGCAGUGUAAUCAAGGAGGACACGACGACAAGAUAAAAUAAAUAUAUUACGUCGUUCGAUCUAGAGUAUGUAUCAACGAAAUGAAAUGAGUAACGAAAUGG